CAUGACGAACGAAACCGACUACGUCAUCGUCUACGGAACACAGAAUUUAGUUGAAUUUUCGAAACGAUACGCCAAAUGGCAUGGAUGGGUCAGCUUGAUAAUCUGUAGCUUGGGUAUAAUUGGAAACGUUUUUAACAUAAUUGUACUAACUAGAAAGACUAUGAUAAGCACGACGAAUUAUCUACUUACCGCAUUGGCUGUAAGUGAUCUUUUCACGAUGCUUAGUUACGUUCCAUUCGCCUUACAUUUCUACAUAAUCUUCGAACCUAUGGUAUCCCCAGAAAGAGAUACGAAAACUUGGGGUAAAUUCCUUGUAUUUCACCUCAACUUUACGGUUACUACUCAUACUACUGCAAUUUGGUUGGGGGUUGUGCUAAGCGCCUUCCGUUACUCUUUUAUAAGAGGUUCCAAUCGUUUUAGUUCAUGGUGGAUCUUUGGUGUUUACGUUUGUUCCGUUAUUAUAUUGAUACCGAUGUAUUUAUCGGUUAGAUUAAAGGAAGAAACUUCAGGAAACAACAAUUCAAUAUAUGUUAUUGCCGAACCUCCGCCAGACUCGUCUUAUUCAUUAAUAGUAACACGUCUCAACUUUUGGAUACACGCUAUUUUAAUAAAACUGUUACCUUGUAUACUAAUGUUGGUUUUCGGGCUGCUCUUGGUUUGGACUUUAAAAAGAACAGAGACCAAGAGCUUACAAUUAAGGCGUCAAAGUCGAAGUGAAAACUUUAAAGUACGCAUGCGUGAGCAUGCAAGAACAACCAGAAUGUUGGUUGUCGUUAUAACGCUCUUCUUAAUAACUGAACUACCGCAAGGAUUUUUAACGUUAUGUUCUGGUUCAAUGAGAGGCUUUCAUCGUGCCGUAUAUACGCCUUUAGGAGAUAUUAUGGAUUUGGUAGCUUUAGUUAAUAAUGCCAUUAAUUUUACUUGCUAUUGCACGAUGUCGAAGCAAUUUAGGCAGACUUUCCUAAAGCUCUUUUGUCCUCAGUAUAGGCAAACUGAAACUGCUACGGAGUAUAGCGUUAGUCGUGCUCUUAUUAGUAGAACGUUUGAACAAAGCCAAAGACGGAGAUCGUCAGCAGUCAGCCACCAAACUCGACUCUCUUCCUUGGCCUCGUUAUUCUGCCUUUCAGUGAAUAAUAAUGAAGAAGAUGGUGAAGUAGAUCAGGGAGUGACAGAGGGAAACGAAGAUGAAUUAAAGAUUCAAACAGUCGCCGUAUAG